CUUGCUAGCCAAAGUCUUGAGUCUCUAACUUUUCAGCCUCUAAAAUCCCGCUCCGUAGUCACUAGUGCAAACAAAUUGCUUCCGUCAAUUGAAAAAUUUUUUCUUUUACCCCAGAAUUUGCAUAAGUUCCUCAUUUGAUUUCAUCGGUUCUAUAAAUAUAUAAAAAGGUGUAUCAUAACUACCUUCACUAUUGUUAACGGAUAAUUCGACUGUGCAAAUACGGACCGAACUUGGUUGGAUUGUGCAACAACUUGGCUCAACAGGUAAUUCGACUGUGCAGUGACUCAGCGAAGUUGGUUGGAUUAUGCAUCAACUUGGUUUAUUCAAUAUGUUGAUCGCCAUAGUAACAGUGCUCCUGUUACCUUACUUGUCUGUUACUGCCAAAGAGUAUGCUUGGAACGAGUGUUCAGACUCAUCGUCGUCGUCAUCCUGCAAAAGAGGUUGUGUUCCGGGAGUUCCGGGAGUUCCCGGGACACCCGGUUCAAAUGGAGCAUCCGGUCUACCGGGGAACCCUGGGGUAAAUGGUGCACAAGGGCCACCAGGCACAAAAGGCGAGACAGGUAGCACUGGUCCUCAAGGUCCACCCGGUCCACUGGGUGGUAGUUGGAAGCAGUGCGUUUUUAAUAAACUCAAUGAUGGCAGAGAUAAUGGUCAAGUCGCGCAAUGCGUUUUCAACAAGGAGUCAGACAACACCGGGUUACGUGUUUUCUGGAAUGGAGAUUUUCGCAUCUUCAACUGCGAUUCGUGCUGCAAACGAUGGUACUUCACCUUUAAUGGUGCGGAAUGCACCACUCCAGGUGUUAUAGAAGGUCUUCUCUAUCUCUGGAAGGGCAGGAAUACGCAAAAUAUCCACCGUAUCCGCCAUGUUGAAGGUGUAUGCAUGAACAUUGCCAAAGGCCAAGUUACAGUGGGUUUCUCGGUCGGUAACUGCCCCGGUUUUGGAGGCGGCGUUGAUGCGUACACCGGCUGGAAUUCGUUAACUAGAAUCUAUGUGGAGGAAGUGCCACCACCACAGGCUUAGCUUUUCUGGGAAAAUUAAAUCUGUAAGCAGCUCAUUUAUGAAAGAUCUGUUUAGAAGCGUAGGAGUUAGAAGAAAAAAAAAAAAAUCCAGCCGACCUAUCAGCCUGAGGUUUUGUUCUAAACAAAGGUUUAGCUCAGCGGGUGCAAUAUAUUUCGUGUAAACCAACUUUUAGGACAUCUAUCUCAAAAAUCUUAAUAAAUUUCGUUCGACAGAUCA